CCUUUAAAGUCUCCGGACUUGCCGGCGUGAACGAUAGUCUACCGCUAAACGUUUCGUGCGAAUAACCGUAAGGGACCGAGUACGGGAGACGAUCGGGAUAUAAUAUUUGAUCGCGGAGUUAGUACAACGUUUUUAUUUUAUUAUUGUUCAAUCUUUUAGUUUUUUUUUUUUUUUUUUUGAACUUUUACCGUUUUGAAUAAAUCUCAAUAAACAUCGACACGUUGGAAAGGGGUUGUUGAAACGUUGAUUAAGUGUCUACCGUUUGGAAUUAGAAUUUAAAAAGCAGACAUAUUUAACGAGUAAACUUAAGGCCAUUUCGCUGAACCUGACUGUUCGGUGUCAAAAUAUACCUGUGCUACAUCGAUCAAGGGUUUAGUGCAUAAUGUCUAGUAGACAAUGAAAUAGUAGUCCAACUUACGGAUCAAUACAGUAUAUCAUGGCCGACCCGGAGAGAACUAGAUUGGUGGUGCUUGGUGACGCUGGCGUUGGAAAAAGUGCAAUUUGUAAACGGUUUUUGUACAACUCGUUUUGCUCCAAGUACAAGACAACAGUAGAAGACCUUUAUAGUAAAGAAUUCAACGUCGGCACAAACCAACACCUCAAAGUGGACAUCUUGGACACAUGCGGUAAUCCGCAGUUUCCGGCCAUGCGGAGGUUAAGCAUAGCCAACGCGAACGCGUUUCUGUUCGUCUAUUCUAUCGACUGCGAACGGUCCUUCGAGACAGUCAAGCGAAACUUCGAGGAAGUACGUGAGCAGCGCGAAGAUUACCAAAUGCUACCGAUUGUAGUGGCUGGAAACAAACUUGACCUGCCAGCCGACCAUAGACGUGUUACCGUAGAAGACGCUUCCGAAUGGCUAUAUUGUGAGCUACCGAAAAUGAGGGUCAAGUUGAUCGAGUGUUCGGCUAAGGACAACGUGAACGUACGUGAUCUGUUCAAGUGCUUGUUAGUGCUGUCCCGGAAGCUGAACGGUACGGAAGACCAGGCGGCGUGCCCGUUGAAACGUCGGUCCAGCGCGUACGUCAGCCACACCAAAUCAUCGAGACGCGCCGCGGACAACGCGGGAACCGCCACGACUUCCGGUCCGACGGGCGGCGCUUCCGGUCACGGCCGCGACGAGCACCAGCUACAGCAGCAGCAGCAGCAGCAGCAACAACAGCAACAACAGGAACGGGCGAAACCGCGCAGCCGCAGCCUGAUCAGACGGUGCAGCCGGAAGGCCAAACAACAGAUUAGGGACACGACCGCCGGUGGCGGUGGCGGUGGAGGUAACGGCGGUGGCGUGGACGAUUGCAACGUCAGCUAAAUGACCGCAUAAUAAUGUUAUGAUAUAUACGAUAUACACAAUAUAUACCUAACCUAUAUGAUGAUAAUAGGGUUUUCGGUUGCCCGACAAAAACAAAUUUCGCACUCGUACACAGUUCGUUAUAAUUUUCGUCAUUUUAUACCCGAUAUUAUGCCACGCGUAGGUACCUAUAUAAUCUAUAAAGUUACCGACCGUCGUUUUACCAUAUUAUUUUACAAGAUUGUAAUGCCGUUAAUCAAUUUUUUACCAACUCCCAACUCCCUCCCCUCUAUACGAAACUUCCACUCGAUAUUUUAUUUUUUUAUUUUUUGUCAUUUGCUUUACCACCGCAAAAUAGCCGCUGGUUAGUUAUUUUUCGAUUUUUUUUUUUUUCUUUACUUCUGUUUCAUCGUACAGGCAUACUGUCCUUUACCAUACAAUUGAUUAACGUUUUGUUCAUUUCGGGUGUGCUCAAAUAAUAAUUACUAUUAUGUGCGUCGUUGACGCGCCUCGUGAAAUAUUUAUAUAGACACGGAGUACUUAAGUGUACUACAUAUAGGUAUUGCAUUAUGAUAAUAAAAUAAUAAUUAAGAAAACGUCUCUUCAGCGAUAUUAUGUAUUACGCGUUUACGACGAAAUAUUAAGAACAAUAAAUUUUCAAGUUUCACGACCUCCAAACAAAUCUUGUAUAUAAUAAUAUGAUGUUAUUAUAUUAUAUUAUGCACAUUCUGUAUAUUAUAUUUCGUUUAUUCAUGUUUAUCAAUCCAAUAAAGCCGACACUGCAGUUGCAAUAUUGGAACGACAAAAUCACUUUUUUGUCUCUAUAUCAUAUAAUACUUCUUGCACCAACAGUUCUCUUAAUAAUAAUAACGAUAUACUUAUGUAUAGUUACUUAUGUGUAGUUAUUUUAUAGUUAAGUAUAAAUUAUAUUGUUAUGUUCUCUUCGACAUUUGAUUAAACGUGUUAAAAUAGUUUUGAAUCAAAUUAUAAUCACUAUCUUUAAAAAAAAUAUACACUCAUAAAACUAUAAUAUAUUAUAUAAUAUUAUGCCAUUAAGGUAUUCAAGGAAAUACAAUAUGUUUUAAAUUUAAUUAAAAAAAUUAAUUAUUUUAUAUAAUAUUUAUAUUGUGUUAACUUAUUUUUUUUUUCAUUAUUAUAAAAAGCCCACAAAUAACAUUUUGUUUGUAUAUUAUGUACAAUUGUUUUCGGAUUUUAAGUCAAGAUGCUGUUCUAAUUUUUUUAUUUUUUAUCGUUUUCAUACAUUUCAAUUUUUUAAAAACCACUAAUAUGUAUUGACUGAAAAGUUAUUGUCAUGUUAUCGUUUAUUUAUAGGUAAUAGGUUUCAAACAACGUUAUGAUUUUUGGCAAACAAUUUGAAUUAUUUAUCAAAAUCACUAAUCUUGUAUGUACCUUUCAGAACGUGGGUUUUCAUCAUACUUAAAAUGUAAAUUUAAUAAUUAACUAAUAAAUUUGACAUAAUUAAUAUUAUAAUUUAAUUUAAAUGCCCAGUAUGAUUUUUUACGAAUUAUUGAAUCUAAUUAACACGUUUUAAGUAUAUUAAUUAUCGGCAGUAAUAUGAUGAUUUAAAUUUGUACUACUACACUGGUUAUUGUCUAUAUUUCGUGUAAAUAUUUUAUUAAUUUGAAUAUUUAAUACGCUAACCUGUAAUCUCUGAUUUCACUGGUACAAGAUUUAUGAUUUAAACAAUAAACGUGAUAUAUUGUAGUAAAUUCGUUAAUUUGUGUGCCAUUGAUUUCCAAGUGCUUCCAUAAGCGUAUUAUUUAAAUAGUCAACCUAUAAUAUAGGUAUUAUAAGUUUGGUAAAAUAAUAUCUAAAAUUAAUAAUAAUGUGUUAGAAAUUUAAUUAAUAAUGAACCAAAAUACUGUUAAAUACCAGACAUAUAAAAAUACAUACUAUUAAUUAUUCAUACUAAAAUUUAAAAUAUAUUUUAACUUUGUUUGUUCACGAAGCAUUUUCAAUAAUAAAUCUGUACUCUAAAAGCACCUAAAAUUACACGAUACCUACUAAUUAACUAUACGCAAUGUAUUUAUUCGUCCAAGUCAUUAAUUAUUAUUAUUAUUCUCAUUCUAUAUUCUAUAUCACUAUACAUUCUAAUAACGUAACCAUUUUACUAUAUAUGUAUACGUCAUAUAUUAAAAUUUUCAUAUAUAAUCUAAUACAAUAAUGUACAUGCAUUGUGUAUUAUAGUAACCUACAUAUAGUAUUAAUAAUGUAUAAAUAAAAAAAAAUAGUUGAAUUUAUCUAAACAAGAACGUCCGCGAAAAAAAAAUCUCAAAUAAAAGGUCAUAACAUUAUAUUUAAUUGUAAUAUUUAAAUAUCAUUAUUAUGAUAAUUAAUAUCACCAUUAUUGCCUAUGUACAUAAUAUUAACUUGUUAAUCAAUCAUGUUGUUUGAUAUUUUAUUGAAUAAUAUAAACAAUACAGCUAUAAAACUAUAUUAUAAUUUAUAAUAUUAUGUGAAUGUUUCACCAUUAUGGAUUUUUACAUAUUUUGUAUAUUAUCAAUUUAAGUUUAUAUUAUACUUACUUGGAGGUAUUGAAAAAAAAUACGAGGAAAAAGCUGUUGGUAAAAGUCCGUUUAAAAUUCCAACGGGGUAAUGGGUUAUGUGGGUUCUCAAGUACUGCCUACGAACGUCUUCGAGUAUAAUAAAAAUCAAAAAUGCGAAAAAUA